AUGGUUAAUACAAGAUUAGAAGCUCAAAGACAAACAAUUCGACAUUACUGGCUUAAUAGUAUUAAUUCAGCAAAGGAAAUACAAAAAAAAACUGGUAUUCCCCUUCGUACUAUUGAGCGUAAUCUUAAAAAGCUUAGAGAAACAGUAUGGGCACAAGCACAUUUAAAUGACAAUUAG